AUGAUCAAAGACCUUAAUACUGAACGCUUUCAAAAAUUAUCAGACACGUGUGUUUGUUGUGAUGUCCAAGUUCGAUCCAACUGCAGUUCAUAUUGGUAUAUUUCACUCCGUGAUAGUCAAGUCAAACUACGAGUAGUCGGUGGUGAAAUUGGCGCAAGCUCUACAAUUGCCCCAAGAAUAGCCCCUCUGGGACUUCCAGCCAAGAAAGUGGCCGAAGACAUUGCAAAGUCGACAACUGACUGGAAAGGAAUAAAAAUAGCAGUCCAACUGCGAAUUCAGAACCAAAAUUCCCGUUAUAUCGACCGAUUGUUUACACGUCAAGAAUUACAAGCCAAACUCGAAAGUGGAAAUUCUUUGAACGUGAAAUAUGGAAUUGAUAUAACUGGCCCUUCUCUACAUUUGGGACAUGCCGUGAAUCUGUGGCUGUUAAGGGCAUUCCAAGAACGAGGACAUGCAGUAGAUCUCGUUCUCGGAGAUUUCACCACAAAGGUCGGUGAUCCUACCGACAAAUUAAACUCUCGUUGUGGCGGAGACUGUCUUGAGGAUACAAUAUUGUCGUAUCUGAGACAAAUUGACAAGAUUCUUCUGACAAACUCUUCCAAGUUGCGUGUGCAUCGGAACUCCGAAUGGUACAAGAAAAUGACUGUUCCUGACUUUAUUCGACUAACCUCGAUGGGAUAUGAUUCCGUCGUACUCGGGAGUGAUAUUACUGUUGUCGGCUCAGAUCAACACUUUAACGAGGACAUGGCCCGUCAUUUACAGACUAGGCACAACCAGAGACCACAGACACUCAUCCUCACUCCAAUAACCCCGGGGUUAGGACUUUCUGCUUCCAAACAGAGCAAGUCACUGGGGAACUACAUUGGGAUUGAUCUCAGUCCAAGGGACAUGUUUGGUAUGGCUAUGAGAGUAGACGACAAACACAUAAUCCGAUAUUUGCGUGUUUAUACAACCAUGUCCCUCACUACAAUUGAGGACAUUGAAAACCAAAUCACACAGGGAGGGAACCCACGUGAUGCCAAAUUGAUGUUAGCUAAGGAAAUUACUCGCCGGUAUCACGGAGACCAAGUUGCCAACGAGGAAUUGGAUUAUUUUGUGGAGACAUUUUCUAAUCGUAACCCCAAACUGGAUUCCAUAAAAUGUGUGAUUGAACGACAAAUGAGUGUGAGUGAAUUCAUUCAAAAUCGUCUCGCAAAUCACUAUGGAGAGAGUGGUCUUGUACGUGUUGCUGAUGCUGGAGGUAUAAGAGUUAACGGAGAUAAACUGAGUUCAUCUCAGCUGAGUUCUCGCUUGUUGUGUCACGGAGAUUUGUUGAGGGUUGGUAAAAAGAACAUUUUUUAUAUUGAAAUGCUCGAUCAUGUGACAAAAUAA